UUUGUUGUUGGCUGCCCCGGGAUACUAGAAACAUUAGAAGAGGUUCACUUCGUCUCUAAAAGGCGAGAGUUGAACAUGGCGCGACGCGAAGGCCGGAACUUUUCGCGAGGAAACGUGAAAUUAUCCGCGGUUAUCACUAACGAUUAAAUGACAAAAGUGGAAAAUCUCGGAGCUGGGAGUCCGUAACAAAGGGGAAACUUUGUAAUUAAAACACGAUCGGGCUAUUUAGAAGCAUGCAGUUUUUUUUAAAAUAUAAUCGAGUCUAUAAAAAGCCAACCAGUUAUUUAGUUUGUGGUGCGUAAUCAAAUAAUAAUAAUAAUGGUAACGAGAGCACGGUUUAUUUAUCGAGUCAGCGUGAUGUGGGAGUUCAGUAAUAAACUUUUGGGAAGCCAUUAACGAACCAUAUGGCUUUGAUAAGGAUGACAUGUUUAAAUAACAAUAGUUUAAUUCAGAGUUCCCCCUUUAAAUAAUCAGAGACCUCAAAAUAAUUCUGUGAGCACGGUCAAUUAAACCAAUUCUGAGCGAGUUUCUGCAAGAGCUUUUCAAAUGAUAUUAAAUCAGGUCAUUUUAAAGGUUAUAAUUUGGGGGCCGGGAUCAAAAACGAGGAGAAAUGAACUUGGGAGGGCAUCGAAUGGCUGGAAUGUGACGCUUCGCGCAUCUGACACCUCCAGGCUUCAACGCUGAUUGGUUCUUAUUUGAAGGAGCUCAUGGGUUCAUUCAACUAUUAAGCGCCUCCCCGUUUCUCUAAAGGACAUUAUAAUGCAAGGAACCUCCUUUUUAACCACAAACCGAAUUUGCUUUCAUUUAGGCCAUAUAUAUUUUUUAAAUAGUUUAAAGUCAUAGAGAUUUUUUUGGAAAAGCAUUUUGCCCUGGAGCGGUGCGCGAUGCUUUCGCACGCCGACCUGCUGGAUGCUCGCCUCGGUGAGUUAUCAACGCCAAACUCCGGUCUGCAACUCUACUGGAUGAAGGAUGCGGCGGCGGAGCUUUUAGGUCACAGGGAAGCUUUGAAAUGCAGGCUAGGCGGCGGUGGCGGUGACCCGGGCCACCCAGGAGAACUCGCCCAAGGCAACGAUGCCGUGGAAGGGGCCACCCUUCUCCCCGGAGACGAUAUCAACAAUGCUGGAUCCAAUCCGUCGGGUGUAGCGGUGAACAGUAAGGAACAAGAGAAGCAACAGCAGCAACAACAGAAUCCCACCCAGUCUGGUGGGCAGCAGUCUCAGAAACAAAAACGCCACCGGACUCGCUUUACUCCGGCCCAGCUUAACGAGCUGGAACGCAGCUUCGCCAAAACCCACUAUCCGGACAUCUUCAUGCGCGAAGAGCUCGCACUACGGAUCGGUCUGACGGAAUCACGCGUGCAGGUCUGGUUUCAGAACAGACGCGCCAAGUGGAAGAAGCGCAAGAAGACCACCAACGUGUUUCGCGCACCGGGCACAUUGCUGCCCACUCACCAUGGCCUAUCGCAGUUUCCCUCCGCCGCGGCGGCCGCAGCAGCCAUGGGCGACAGCUUGUGCUCUUUCCACGCUAAUGACACCCGCUGGGCGGCGGCUGGAAUGCCAGGAGUCUCCCAGCUGCAGUUACCGCCAGCCCUAGGCCGACAACAAGCCAUGGCACAGUCUCUCUCCCAAUGCAGCCUGGGCGCCGGACCGCCACCCAACUCCAUGAGCCUGUCCAACAUGUCCUCUAUGUCCUCCAUGUCCUCUAAUGGUUCUGGGCUUCAGUCCCACCUCUACCAACCCACCUUCCCCGGUAUGGUGCCCGCCUCGCUGUCCGGCCCAACCAAUGUGACCGGCUCGCCCCAGCUUUGUAGCUCCCCGGACACUGACGUCUGGAGAGGGACGAGCAUCGCGUCGCUGCGCCGCAAAGCGCUCGAGCAUACAGUAUCCAUGAGUUUCACCUAAUAUUUUGAUGUGCUAUUCUUCUACUGUUCCUCGUUCAAUCUUCACUUCUGAUCACCAAGUGACGCACUAGGAAAACUAAGGAUACGACUGUCAUCUAGUAAACGAGUUCAUGAACUGUGCGCACCUGAUGGAAAUAAAAUCUGGAGAAUUAUAGGCUGAAAAAAUUGUCAUCCAUUGAAUUUAGCAAACGUGAAUGUAAUUAUUUAUUUAUUUAUGUCCUAUUUAUUUAGUAUUUAUUUUUAUUUAUUAACAUUUUUUUUGCCAAAUUUGACGCAAAUGUCAUCCGGGACAGAUGAAAAUGAACUGUCCGCUUGCGAUGUAUUCGUUCAUAUCCGUUUGCAUUUGGUCUUUGACAACCAGACGAGCGACGGUGCACUGAUGCCGGAUUCUGGGAGUAAAGUUUUAUCUCUCUCUCUCAUUUUAGUAUUACUAUUAUUAUUAUUAUCAUUAUGGAAGAAAUCGUUCAAAAUUUCAGACUGUGAAAGAAGGUGGAGGAAAGGAAAAUAUCUCAAAAAGAAUUAAGAAACUUGACUGCAUGUUCCGACAAAGGUAAACAACAACGGGGAAAUAUCAUUUAAAAGAAAAAGUAUGACUUUGUUAUAUGCUGUUAAAUAGGAUGUUUUGUGUAGAUAAAGCAUUCUUAACUUGUUCUCAUUCGGUCAGUUUGUGAUAUGUUCUGAGUUACUGUAUGUGCUUAUACCAAUAUAAAUUUCUUAAAUGUUUGAUCUUCUUAACGGCUGUUUUGUUUGCUGAACAUGUUUAUAACGAUUGAAUGUAAAUUAACGAAUAAAAUCAUUUUCAAUAUGUCAUUAUUGA